AUGGCUACCAGCUCGCAGUACUACAGAAGCGCCAACCCUCACUCGCACUACCAGAACUUCCAGAAUAACCACCACGACCAAGCAUACGCCAACUUCAUUGGAACAUGGCAAGAGAGUAACCACACCACUUACACCGGCCCUUCAUCGGUCCCGUUACUCCACUAUCCCCAAGCCGGACUGAGCCCCGCCUUCCCCAGAGCGCAUCAGCCUUCUCCAGCUCCACAAGCCUGGAGUACUGGUUAUGCGCAACCAAAUGCCCAAGAGUGGAGCACGCCUGUGAGCGACCGUGUGAAUGAGCAAAUAUUCGCACCGGGCUUGGGUUCCUAUGGCAUCGCUGAAGGAGGCGCCUCUGUGCAACACUCGACCCCUAACGUAGCGCGCCCGUACCCACAUCAGCACCAUCAGCAGGCAUCGGCUGCGGAGCACGAACAGCCCCUGAUAUCUUCCGAGAGUGGUCUCAGGGACACAGAACGCUUCACCGCGCUGCGCAUCACCUCUGAAUCCCCUGCAACACCGGUAGACCCACCUUUCGCGAAUCGCGUCCAAAGGCAACACUCGAUCCCUCAGUCCUCGCAUGCGGUAUCGCAACCAAGCGUGGAUCAGACCCACGCUGUGUUGCAAGCGUCGACAGCUUGGGGCAGCGCAUCGACCCUGGCGCCGACCGAACACCAACACUAUGUGGCCCAUACCAGCAGUGCGCUGUCACCCGGUGUAGUCAGUGAGCCGGUCAGUCUUCCUAAUGCACCAUGGCCGACUGAACGUACGCCUGGUAUUGUAUCUGCGCAUAUAGGCUAUGGCCAUAUUCAAACUCAACAACAACAAUGGCCUCUAGCACAGGCUGUCCCGGUACAGAGGAUCUACGAGAUUCAAGACGCACAAGUCGAACAACAGACCGACCCAUCCGUCUACACUCCGGAAACCCGACGACCAAGUGCCAAGAAGAAGGCAGCAAAGGUCCCGUCAUCUUACGUUGAGAGGCAAGAGAAGAUGAAGGUCUCCAAACGUAAAGGACCCUUACAAGAAAAGCAACGAGAAAAAACACAUACAAUGCGCAAGACAAAGCGGAUAUGUGUUCGCUGCAGAUUCUAUAAAUCAGGAUGUGACGAGGGAGACCCGUGUCAGAAGUGCACCAAGAUCGAAGGGCAUGCUCGCUCUUUCCGCGAGCCCUGCUACAGAGAACAUCUCGAGGACACCAGUGUCAUCCGUCGUUGCAAUGGUCGCGAGCAACAAGACGAAGCUGAGUUCCUGGGGUACGACUGGAAACCUGGUAGCCAGCUCUGGGAGAUGGACAUCUUGUGGAACCUACCAGGUUACGGUCGUAUACCGAACGCUCAACCCAUGCGUGUUGCUUUCCGCCCAUACAGUCCAAGGCGAGGCUCGCUAGAUACAGCGACGUCAUUGUGGUCAACUAAAGAGGGUGACGUGUGUGCAGUGGAGCAGCCGGCGUACGCAGUCUACGACACCGCGAACCUAGUCUCUGCUUUCGAGCGCUACUUCUCGAGCCUCCAGCCUGCGAUCGAGGCGUGGAUCUUUGACCGCAUUCAGAACGAUGAAGUAGCAACUUACACAUACCGAGAAGUCUUCCGAAUGCGAAGUGUGCAUGGAUCACGGGCUCUUGACUUGGCUAUGCGGCUGCAGUGUCUGUCAGUUGUGUCUCAGGGGUACGGUACUGUCUGGUCAAACAAUAUCCCGGGAAUACAGGAGUAUGACUAUCGCCACAUUGGGCGAAGUGACUACGAAGCAUACGAUCGGAACUCGCGCGAUCGACCCUUGCCUGGCGCCAUCACCCACCAGAUGGAUGUCGCUGCGGUCAAGUACUUGCGCAAGUUGGAGAAGCUAUUUAUGAAGGAGCUGGCGUCUCUGAUUUUCAAGCCGAAGAUCAAGCCAUGGUAUGAGCUCUUUCUCACCUUUUACAUCAUCUUCUGGAAUCUGGAGUACAUCAAUAAGGGCGCCAGAGGAUACAUGAGGGCAAAGAACGGUACAGUCAUCGAACACGAAGUCAACAACGUCGUCAGCAAUCAGAUUAAGAAAUGGGAGUUCGCGUUUCCGGUCUUGCUGUACCACUGGCGAUGUACGUUACGCGGCUACUCGCCAUUCAAGCUCGCACGUGACAACCCCGAAGAGCUACGAGAGCGCGGGCACAUCGAUGCAGAAGGCCACGCAUACGUUUCUGAAAUGGCAAAGAUCUUUGACAGACUUGGUCCAGGUAGGUUCUUCGACUCCACAGAGUACCCCUCCUGA